GCGAUGUAUAAAUCGAGCAGUCCUUUGUUGCCCAAAGUAGGAAGCAAAAUCGCGCAUUACAGUUACUACCGUAACUGAAAAAAAACGCAGCAAGGCAUAAUGUUUGCCCAAAAUAUGGCAUUUUCUCCAGGGACAUUGAGGUUUUAUAGAGAUAUAGAGCCGGACUAUGAAGACUUGAGUGAGAGACUGCGUAAGACGCUAUACUAUGGGAAGCUUCCAGGAACUGACCGACCAUCACACCCUCUCACUGAUUUGGGAGUGGAGUUCUACAGAAGUGCGGCCCCUAGGGAGCUGGGAAAGUUGGACACCUUUCUGGCAGCAGCCACCACAAGGUCGGCCUGUGUGUCUCCCACCUCCAUGAUGGUGGGCAUGAUGUACGUACGACGGCUACAGAAACGCAAGCCAGAGUACCUUGCCCAGAUAUCGUCUUCUGAACUGUUUCUCAUCUCCAUGAUGAUGGCGUCCAAGUUCCUGUAUGAUGAAGGCAUAGAUGACGAGGUGUACAACGACGAAUGGGCAGUGUCUGGUGACCUAGAGACAGAGGACGUGAACAAACUCGAGAUGGAGUUCUUGAACGCUAUGGACUGGGAACUGUUUGUGCGCCCUGAAGAAUUUGCUGACAUGCUUCACUCCGUCGAGAAAAGGAUUGCCCUACAAGAAGGCUUGAAACGAGGCUGGUUUUCGUACACGGACAUGAUGAUUCUAUCACAUGACCUCAAGUUGACCUCCUUCACUGAUCUGUCUGCGGAAUUAUCCAAGGUGUUUUCGGCAGCCUCUCUGGCCUACCUUGCAGGCGUCCUGACAAUGAUUGGUUCCACUCUCGCUGCCACUGCCACGUCCACAGCCCUAACACAGCUGGGAACCAGCGCACUCCCAGCAUGUCUCAAGAUGACCUCUGGGUUGAUGACCUUGACCUUGUACCCCGAGCUGUUGUCAAGGGAAGCGCAACUGUCAUCUGAUAUGCUGAUCAACUUCCCUGAACACUGGAAUGCGACUAGAGCUUUGAAGGAGAACCUUCAAGAUGAAGAAAAUGUGGCGCUUAACAAAGCAGAAAAUGGGUCAGAUGAAUUCCUUUGGGGUACUGUAAAUUUCCAAAAGCCAAUGGGCGAGAGCGGUUCACCAAACAAGGAGCCACCUGGAUCGCUGCUAAACCUUCUACCUCCGUUUUUAGCUUUACUGACAUUUAAGGAAGCUGUUCUUAACUACGUAUUUGGUGCCAAUGUUGACCAUGAUCCAGAUAUCUACGGCAAUGACCACGAACUCACAUCUGACCUUGACACAAACCAAGAUAACAUGGGUGACUAUUGCUCCCUCGGUCCUUGCCUCACAGAUUCCUGGUCAGACUGCUUCAAUAUUUCCUCGGAACACGAAUGGAACGAAUUCAAAUCCCUCGCCAGUCAAUGCUACUACAGAAACACCAAACAGUGUUGUGACAAAUGGAGGAAGCUGGUGCCCUACUAUCGCUGCGUCAACUCAGCAAUUGCCCAACCCCUUCCUAGUAGUUUAAACACCAGGCUGGACACUGAGAUGGACAUAAAUCAUGUCAAAUGCUGCUGUAGGUUCUCUCAUGUAGAGGCAAGCUCCUGGCUAAAGGGAUCACUUAGCUUACCAGCCCGCGACCUGAAUUUAAGAUUUUCUACUCAGUCGUUCUAUCCUAUUUUUAUAACGACGUAGAUUUGCAUAGAACAAUUCUUCGAGACACUAUGGAGAAAAUUUUACAACAAUCUGAAUACUAAAGUAAUAUUUUAAUUAGAGUACAGUCCAACUGAACAGACAUAUGAACUUUGUUACCUUGAACUUGCGCCAAAGUUCCAAAGAAAUUAUUCGCCGCCUAAGCUCUUUAUUUGAUCUGUGUCAUGUGAAAAUAGGUCUUAUGCAAUAUGCGGCCAGCAUAGCGCCAGACCAGCCUUUGCAGUCUCGCAAUCUGUCAGGAGCUACAAUGUCUGCUUAUAAGACCAAGAAAUAUUGCAUGACUUUAUAGCAGACAGUGAAGCUCUGAUUUAUGACAUGAGACCAAUUUUUGCAUGAUGUAGGUCAUUUUAUAUAGAAUGAAUAAUGGUCAUUUAUGAGUUUUAACACGAAGCAACAACUAUGUCAACGUGGUUUCCAGUCAUUUGUUUUCUGACAGUCACAAAAGCCAUUUCCCUCUUAAAAUGUGUACACAAGAGGUCACAAUCUUACUUUGUCAUGAAUGAUAAACUUCUUUACACAUCUUAAAGGGAUAUAAGGAUAUAAUUUCAUUAAAAUAUAAUUAUAUGUUUAUUUAUCUUUCAAUUUUACACAUGAUAUAUAGAUAUAAAGCAAUAUAGUUUCAUUUAAAUAAAAGUAUGUGUUUAUUAAUCUUUCAAUUAUAGUUUUAUAUACAGUAAUUUUUAUGUCCCCCACCACUAGUGGGGACAUAUUGUUUUUGCCCUGUCUGUUGGUUUGUUUGUUUGCCCCAACUUUAACAUUUGCCAUAACUUUUGCAAUAUUGAAGAUAGCAACUUGAUAUUUGGCAUGCAUGUGUAUCUCAUGGAGCUGCACAUUUUGAGUGGUGAAAGGUCAAGGUCAUCCUUCAAGGUCAAAGGUCAAAUAUAUGGGUAAAAAUCGCUCAUUUAAUGUCACUUUUGCAAUAUUGAAGCUAGCAACUUGAUAUUUGACAUGCAUGUGUAUCUCAUGGAGCUGCACAUUGUGAGUGGUGAAAGGUCAAGUUCAUCCUUCAAGGUCAAAGGUCAUAUAUAUGGGGACAUAGUGUUUUACAAACACAUCGCUUGUUUAUAAUUAUAAUAAUAUGUAAAAUAUAUGUUAACAAUGUAUACAAUUCUAAUUUUAUCAAGGCGUCCUAAAACAAUACAUAGAUUCGAUGUUACUGACUUCAUAAUUUCUCAAUGUUAAAGAUAUUACAUUUAUUUGUGAAAGAAUAAAUCAUUUAAUAAAUUAAUUACUUUUGAUUCUAAUAAGAAACCUCAUGCUUAUUUUUGAACAAUAAAUAAUUCUAACUUCUC